CCCCACGGGGGUGGGGAGACUUGGGUCCUCUGGGUGGCAGAGACUGACAGUUCCGUGGGGACUCGUCAGCAGCCCUUGAGGACUCGCAAAAGAACCCGGUGCCACUCUUGUCCUUGGGCUGGGUGCCAUGGACGCCUUCAUCCGCUUCACCAACCAGACCCAGGGCCGGGACCGACUCUUCAGAGCCACUCAGUACACAUGCAUGUUGCUUAGAUAUUUGUUAGAGCCUAAAGCUGACAAAGAGGAGGUUGUUAUGAAGCUCAAGAAACUGGAGUCCAGUGUGAGCACUGGCCGUAAAUGGUUCAGACUAGGCAAUGUGGUACAUGCUGUACAGAUGAUUCAGCAGAGCAGUCAUGCCACUGACCUAGUGCCCCGCAUCUGCCUAAUAUUAGCCAGCCUGAACCGUGUGAUUUAUUUCAUCUGUGACACCAUCCUUUUUGUGAGGAGUGUAGGGCUCGCCUCUGGCAUUAACAAAGAGAAAUGGCGAAUGUGGGCUGCACGCCAUUACUACUAUUCUCUUCUGCUGAGCCUGGUCAGGGAUCUGUAUGAAAUCUCCCUGCAGAUGGAACAGGUUGCACACGACAGAUCAAAGAAGGAGAAAUCACCAUCCCAGGAUCCUCUUGUGUAUAGCGUGGCUGAUGAGGAAACAGAAUGGCUCCAGUCCUUUCUUCUUCUCUUAUUCCAAUCUCUGAAGAAGCAUCCUCCCUUGCUCCUGGACACAGUGAAGAACUUCUGUGAUAUCCUGAACCCUUUGGACCAGCUGGGGAUCUAUAAGUCCAAUCCUGGCAUCAUAGGCUUUGGAGGUCUCGUGUCCUCUAUAGCAGGCAUCAUCACUGUGGCGUAUCCUCAGAUGAAACUGAAGACCCGCUGAGGUUGUUUCAGACUGAAGACUAGUACCUGCUUUGAAGACAACCUGUUAGUGAAAUGGACAUUUGCAUUAGAUACAGCCAUGUCACACUGUGCUUACAGACUUAGUCACAUGAGCACUGAGUGACCUGUGAUGUGAACAGAGGUGGAGCCAAGAAUGGUGGAGGGAAGAACAUGAAGGUUUAUGUGUUUUCUAGAGCGCUGGAGUGACUUCUGAAUUUCUGAGUAUUUUUCCUUCAUCUAAUGUUUAUCGAGCAUCUUUUAUGUGCAUGUUAGGAACUUAGUGGUUGCUGAAUGGAUAAAAAUUAAGAGAAAAAUUGAAAAGGAUCCAAACUAACAAGUGGACACUAAUAUAACUAACUUUUGGGCCAUGUGCCUCACUACUUUUGCCCAACUACAGUAGGUCUGAUACACACCCUCUCUCAGAUUUAGUGGAGGCCCCUUAUUCUCUGAUCAGUUAUCCCACUUCCUCCAUAGCUGCCAGUGCCAGGAUGGAGGAGAGCUGGGUUUAUAGCCUCUUAACUUGGCUUUUACAUCACUGCGCUCCUGUCUUUCCUCUGUCUAGUAGUAAAAUCAGAAGUGCAUCAGGCACCUUCAUGGUAUAAAUUGUGUCUUUAAGUAGCGCAGUAAGGAAACAAAAAAUCAGAAGCAGAUAGAAAGGACUUGAGGUAGAAAUAAUGUGGAAAGUUACAGUUGGUGCCUGCAGGUUUCCCUGUGACAGAUGAGGAGACUUGAGGUUAAAACUGAGGACAUAACCUCAUUUCUCUGACUCCCAAUCCAGUGCUCUUUCCAUAUUUCACUGCCUUCCUGAUUGAGUGGAAGUGCAAGACUCUCCAGAAUCCUGUGCGAAAAGCCUUUUUUAGAACCUUUGUUGGUCAGUGGUUUAUAUUCUGUUCUACAAAAAUUAAAACUAUAUCUAGAAACACCAGCAGGAUGGUUUUAUUUAAAACCAUAUAACAUUUUGGACACUUACGCGUUAAUUUUCAUAAAAAUUUGUGCAGUUAAGAAAUUUCACGAAUACGAUGAAAUUCUACUAUAUUCGACAAUAAAUCAGAGUUCGUAUUUGUAGGGUGGUUGGGGGAGGUGGAGAAGAGCAGUAAGGGGCAAGAGAAGAGGACAGUAGAACGAUGAGUUGAUGCCACUUGCUCGUGUUCCUACUUCUCAUCUUGGAUGUUGGAUUCUUAUUUGUGAUUACAGAUCCUCUUAAUUUGAGGCAAGUGAGGUAGAGAAAUAGGGUACCAUCAGGUAAGAGGUCAGUGUCAGUCCUGCCAGUAAAGCCAUCUGACAGGACUGGAUGGAAAGGAGAAAAGAAAUGUGCACUAAGUAAAUUUCCCAUAAAUGUGAUUGAGAUUCUUAAAAAGUAGACUCAGGUCCUUGGCUCUCUAUUUUUAAAGUGACCAAUCAAGAUAUGGGAUUUGAGAAAGAACAUUUCGGGAAUUUUAAGAGAAAAGCUGCUAGAUCAGGGCAAAUAAAAAAUUUAACUAUUUUUACUUUGUCCAGAUCUUCUACUGUAACAAAUUAUGUCUAAUAAACUUAUAGACAAAAUUUAUUCAUGUAUCUGUGAAUGUGUUCUGGGAAUGGAGAAGAGUUAAAAAUAAGGUGAUCCAAAGAUAAUCAGAGUCUACACAGUUGGUAGAGUGAGUUCUGGUAAAAUAAGCUCUUGGCUGGAAGAUCCAAGCUCAGGAAAAGGAUGAAGGAAGAUUUAAAUGUAGAACGUCCAGGUUGAAAGAGACCUCUAAGACAAUCUCAUCCAGACUGCUAGCCAGGAGAGGGUCCUCUAUAUCAUCCCUGUCAGUGGUGCUUUUGAUUCUGCCUGGAGAAGUUGGCCUUGAAUCUGUGAUGGCAUUUUACAGUGGUGUCCAUCUUGAUAGUUUUGUCCUCUGCAAGUUACGGUGGGUGGAGGAGAGCUUGGGAAAUGCCACCUCUUCUAGAAUUUGUGAAAACCUUAAUGGUGCCCUGCUACCUCCUUCCCUGUGCAUCUUUGUCCUUUAUAACUAACCAUCCCCACCUCCAGGCCUCCACAUUCAUUCAUGAGGGAUUCUAAAAACCAAGGACAUUUCUCUAUUUUUCUUCCAGUUUUACUGAGAUACAAUUGACACAGUACU